AUUUGAAGCUGAAACUUCUUCUCUCUUCAUUUAUUUUUGACAGCGCCAAAGUUGAAGAGUUUGAAGUACAGAAGGAGAGAAAAAAAAAAAUGGAGAACCUCGCAAAUUCGUUUUCAGUGUUAGAACUCGACGCCGGCGAUAGUCACGUUCCCACCACUGCAGGUAAUAGUGACAAGGGAGUUAAUCCUGACAUUGGCGUUAUACCAGUGAAGAACAAGAAACAAGAUCAAGAAAAUGCAGUGUUUCCUUCAUGUGAAUACAAGUUACCUCUGGUGUGGAUUGACUUGGAAAUGACUGGUUUAAAUAUUGAAGUGGACAGAAUACUGGAGAUUGCUUGUAUAAUUACAGAUGGAUAUUUAACCAAAACAGUGGAGGGUCCCGAUUUGGUCAUCCAUCAAACUAAGGAGUGCCUUGACAGGAUGGGGGAAUGGUGUCAGAAUCAUCAUGCAUCUAGUGGAUUAACAAAAAAGGUGCUACAGAGUACCAUUAGUGAAGGAGAAGCUGAAAAGCAGGUUAUUGAAUUUGUAAGGAGACAUAUUAAAGUUGAUUCGUACACGCCUCUCUUGGCAGGAAAUUCAAUAUAUGUUGAUUUUCAAUUUCUAAAGAAAUACAUGCCAAAAUUGGCGAGUCUAUUCUCUCAUGUACUUGUUGAUGUUAGUAGUGUUAAAGCUCUCUGCAUUCGCUGGUAUCCCAAAGAUCAGAAGAGAGCACCUUCAAAAGAAAAUAGACACAGAGCCAUGGAUGACAUUAGAGAAAGCAUUGAGGAACUUAGAUACUACAAGGCAAAUAUUUUUAAGCCUAAGUCCAGAAAGUGAUCGGGUUCCGGAGAACCACCGUGUGAAUGGUUAUGGGCUACCUUCCAGUUCAAGUGUAAAUGGCUCGACAUUUUCGAUAGAUUGUACUUUUGGUAGUUACUGCAAAAUCGCAUUUAAAUCUUUAUCGGAAACCCUCAUGUUUUCAACAACUCUUUCAAAAUGGAACUGUGAUUGUCAAUUACCAUGCCCAAAGAAAUGUAAAAUAAGUUUUACGUUUUUACA